GGACUCGCUCAAGCUCAUUCGCAUCUCUCGGACGACUCGACUGCCGACACGGAUCCCGCCUUGACACCAUCGUCUGUUGUUUUAUUGAAAGAGAAAAUAGCAGGAACCAAUACACGCCAUGUUGUCUACCAUCUCCCGCCAGGUCCUCAGAGCCACCAGCACCCGCCGACUUCAGUCUGUUGGCAGCCUCAGAUACUAUGCCAGCGACAACCAUAACGAGGACAGCAGUAGCAGCGGCAGCAAUAACAACAACACGAAUGGCAAAUCCGAAGGCGCAGAGGCACUUAUGAGCAUCCUUUCGUCCUCAUCCUCCUCAGCAUCACAGCCAGAUCGCGCCAACGCCGGCAACGUCCUCAAGGGUAACAGCGCCGCCCUCAUCCUCGAGACCCUCACCAAGGCCACGGACCGUCAACAGCAAGCGUCUCGCCCCUCCAAUCUCCUGAACUCGAAGUCUCCCCUCGGCGGAUCCUCGGGCGGACGUCACUUCCUGAGCGAGUCCCAGACCUGUACUCACAACCUUCACAUUCACGCCUCGAUGAACAACACCAUCAUCACCUUGACAGACUCGAACGGCGACCCCAUCACGACCCAGAGCGGCGGAUCGGCGGGAUUUAAGAAAUCGGCACGUUCGGGACCGGAGGCCGGUUACCAGGCCAUGACCAAGUUGAUCGAGAAGGUCGAUGAGAAGAACGUGCAGAUCCAGACAUUGCAUGUGUUGAUGAAGGGAUUCGGCCCGGGCCGUGAUUCGGCGUUCAAGGCGAUCCGUGCGAAGACCAACUGGGAUAUUAAGAGGAUAUCCGAUACCACGCCCAUUCCUUUCAACGGAUGCAGGCCACCCAAGCAGCGUCGUUUGUAAGGGAGCCUGUUGUAGGAUGAGAGCAUAAGGAGAAGGCACAGGAUGAAGGCACGCAAAGGCGGACGAAAGCAAAUGAGAGGGGAGCGUUGGACAUAGAUAUUGGCGACGAGGGUUCAGUGUAACCCUGAGCUAUAGCAAUAAAAAAAACAUCAUAUCAC